AUGAGCUAUAGUUCAUUGUUAGAUGCUAUACAGACAUACGAAGAAGAAACAAUUACAAAGUAUCGUGUCGCAAAGGAAUCAAAAGAUUUUUCCAAAGAUGUUUCCCUGAUUGACAUUUUAAAUUCAUCAAAGAAUUUACCAAAACCAUGCUGGGAAUUUUGUGGGGCAAAUGAUAGAUUACCAAUUCCUUAUAGUGGGCACCCUUAUAUAUUGCUUGGAAAACAAAUUUAUCACUGCCAUCAAGGUAAAGAUAUUGAUGCUAAAAAAAAAGAAAGAUACCGAAUGGAAAAUGAUGCUCUUCGUAUGAGUGAUCACAUGUACAAAAAAUCGCGUAAGUACACGCAACCGACAAAAAAAAUGGAUUGCCCUGUGUCUUUUUCUGUUAAAAAAAUCAUGAUCUUUUAUGAAACUAAAUUGCCUAAAAACAAUAAGUAUAAUCGAACUAACGCAGGAAGGCAGUUAAAAGAGCAGUUUAUAGUAGCAAGAUCAAAAAAUUCUCCUCAAAUCGGACAACUUGUUUAUUUGUUGAAGUGGCCUACUGAACCACAUGAAAAUCAUAACAUUGGUGAAGCAGCUGGUUUGAUAGAACCGUUAGACAAAAGAGUAAAUGAUUUUUUACGAGAACAGAUAAGAAGUGGUUGUAAGGGCAUAAGAGAUUUAGAGAGUAGAGCUGAAGGAUAUGUUAAUCUAGUUAUUUUACCGACGUUUAGCGACAACGAUUUUCACCGACGCCGAUAUACACCUUCUCGGAGAAAACUUAGAAAUAUUAUUAUAUCCGAAAAGCUGAAAAAUCGAUAUGCCAAAGUAGACCAAAUAAAUGUUGAACAACUUGUAACAGAUAAAUGGUCUAAAUGGGGUGACAUAUGGUUUGAGGGUUUAAGCAAGCGCAUCGAAGCUCAAACAGUGGAAAACGACAUAGAUUUGCAAAGUGACGAAGAGGUCGAAAAAGUAAUUAAAAAUCUUGCAACUCAUAAUACAGAUGUUGUCAGGACUAAUGUAAAUUUCCAAGUGGUUGCAAUUUUUGUGUUGCAGGAAGAGACGCAAGUCAUGAUCGUAAAAGCUUUGACAUUAAUAAAAUCAUGGAAUCCUGAUAUUGAGCCUAAAUAUGCAAUGGUUGACUUUGACGAAGAAGAGAUUUAUUCGCUAGAAUCAGUUUUUCCUAACAUUAAGGUGUAUUUAUGCGACUUUCAUUGUGAGCAAUGUUGGCACCGUUGGAUUUCAAAAUUAGAUAAUGGGCGCAUUCAGAAAAUGUAG